CUAAUAGUAAAUAUCGAGUCAUUUUUUAACCAUUCCGGUUCGCUGUAGAUGGAUUAAGAUCUAAAACAGUCGUGUUUUUUCCACAUUAUAGCCUAUUCAACUCUAAUCCGGAAACAUGCAGCCGCUGAACGCCAUUGGUCGCCUUUUUUCUGAUUUCUGCCGUAGUCCGAGCAAAAACAAGCAUCUUUUUGUACAGAUAAGAAACCUCCACCCUGCAGCAGGACUAUUUCGUGAGGCUCAGUCGAGGUCAGUGAUGCUGCACCAUCAGGACCAGCAUCUGAACUCGGCCUACGCCGGGCAAGGAGUCUCCAACAAUGGCUCCUCUUCCUCGCUGCAAAACAGGAAGUGUGACAAAGACGGCAACUUCAACUUCCUGCCCGGCAAAGAUAACGAUGGCUCCACGGGUCAUGGAGGUGGAGACGAGAACCGAAACCAGGUCCGUCCCCGCAGCUUGGGCCCGCUUGGUCGUGACCCUCCGUACUCCUCCUCCUCUUCUGGGUACCACAACAACUCAGGCGUCCUGUCCCCUCGCUCCCGCAUGCCCUGCUGGAGCCCCCUGGAGCCCCUGCCCGAAAUCGAGUGUGGGGAUGACGGUUAUGGUCGAGUGCCCCCUGACGGAGCGGAGGAAGGUAGGAUGCAGGAAGAGGAGAGGAGGGAGCUGAUAUACCGGCAUGAGGAGAAGCAAAGAGAGAAAAGGGAGCAGCAGAGGAGGAAAAGCAGCUCUGGUUUCAGAGGAAAGGAGGAAGAUGAAGACGAGGCGGCGCUGGAAGACGGUGACGAAUGGGGCGACAGCGACUCUGAGUCUGAAUUCAGCCACCGGUCUGGCGGAAGCAUGUCCUCCCUCAACAUGGACAUUGGAGGCGAAGGGACGCUCAUGGGAGGCUGGGACCGCAUCGGCGUUGGGGAGCCGAGGUCCAACCACAAUGAAAGUGACGCAAACCGAAACGGUGACGGAGACUCGGUCGGGCGACGCAGAAGCUUCGCCCGCAAGUCUCUGACAGGAAGCAACCUAGGAAAUCUUCUGGAGGAAGGAGCGGAAGAGAAAGAAGACGACAACUGCUCCUCUGACUCAGACGGGGAGAUCCCUGAGCUGAUGGAUGCGGUGUGGACGCUGCGAGACCGCGAGCGCUUCAAGGCCCAGGAGAUGGAGAAGCACCAGGUGCAGCUGACCAUGUACCGCCGCCUGGCGCUGAUCCGCUGGGUCCGCACCCUGCAGAGCCGCAUCCAGGAGCAGCAGAACCGCCUGCAGAGCAGCUUCGACGUCAUCCUCACGCAGAGGAAGGAACUGCUGCGUAUGGGCGCUGCUAACGCCGCCCCCCCUGCAGCCGUCAGCCAGUCGUGAGGAGAGAGAACUAUGGGAGGAAACAGGAAGUGGUCUGAUUGCUUCGGUCCGGAAAAAAACAAACAAUCUCCCAUCAUUCAGUCUGAUGUUUUUAAGUUCCAGUCUCAUGUUGCUGAUUGUAAUGACUCAAUACUUGUUUGAAUUUCUUUACUGGUGUACCACCCAGAGCAUCAAUAAACCCUAACCCUAACUGUAUGUACGUCAAAUCCAAUCCUGGUCAAAUCAUCGAAAUUACGAACACUUUGUUGUGGGAAUAAUAUGAUGUUUGUAUUGAAAAUAGCCUGUGUCUGUGCAAUGUCUUGGUUUGUCUUGAACUGUGAGUGAAAAAAAACCCCCUGCUGUACCAAAAAAAGAAUUGAAAAAUAUAAUGUAGAUGUAAAAGAUUAUUUAUACCCUGAGAUAAUGCUGUAUAGAGAGAUAUUAAGAACAUUUAAAGAAUAAAUAAAAGUAUCUUCUAUCUGA